AUGCCCGCUGACGAUCCCGCCGAAAUUGGCGACGUGGAGCCCCAUGUCUAUCGCUACGAGAGCAUCGAAGAAGUUCCCAAGGAAAUUCAAAAGUACUGGCAUCAGAGAUACGAUAUCUUUUCCAAAUACGAUGAAGGCGUCUAUUUGACCCACGAUGCCUGGUUUGGCAUCACCCCAGAGUCCGUCGCACACUCAAUCGCACAGCACAUGGCCACAGCAACACCUGAUGGCAAAACUAAGCUUAUCGAUGCGUUCGCUGGAGCUGGCGGCAACACCAUCGCGUUUGCGCUCUCUGGCCGCUGGGAGCAAAUCUUUGCUAUUGAGAAAGACCCGGAAGCGCUAGCAUGUGCAAAGCAUAACGCUGAAAUUUAUGGCGUUGCAAAGAAGAUCUGGUGGAUUGAAGGAGACUGUCUUGACGUUAUUCCCUCCCGCUUCGGCAGCAUGAAGGACACUGUCAUAUUUGCCAGUCCACCUUGGGGUGGCCCAGGCUACAGAGACGACCAAAUUUUUAACGUCGAAACGAUGCAGCCAUACGGCUUAAAGCAGCUGUACAAUGCCUACUCGAAAGUUUCUAAGGAGGUUGCCCUUUAUCUUCCUCGGACAUCGAACUUGAACCAACUGGCCAAAUAUGUGCCAGAUGACCAGAAGAUCCAGGUUGCACACUACUGCAUUGAUGGUGCCAGCAAGGCUCUGUGUGCUUACUACGGCAACUUCGGCGUGAUAGAUAACCAAAACAUUCCAUCAUGA